UCUGGGUAAUUGCUAAAGUCUUUCCAGGGGAGCUAGCAUGAAGCGUGGAGCCUUCAUUCAUUGUUUGCCUCACUGAUAUUUAUUUGAAGCAACGCCCGAUUAAAAAAAAACAAAAAAACCAAAACUGAUCAAAAACGCAAUAAUGGCACUCACACCUCUUGUUUAUUGGGCUCAACGCCAUGAAGAAAUUUACCUGCGAGUUGAGCUCACAGAUGCUCAGAAUAUUGACGUCCACGUGGAUGAAAAUGUCCUUCACUUUUCAGCCCAGGGGCAUGGUGCAAAAGGACAAAAUGAGUACAAGUUCAGCUUGGAGUUCCUCUUACCAGUAAAGCCACAGGUCAGCUACAAGUCCACACAGCGGCAGGUGAACAUUACAGUGCACAAAAUACAGCGAGGUUGGUGGGAAAAGCUGACUGUCCAGGAGCGUAAACCUGUCUUCCUGGCACCGGACUUUGAUCGCUGGCUGGACGAGUCAGACGCUGAGAUGGAAAUCAGAGAAAAGGAGGAGAAAAGGAACAGGCUGAAGGCUUCAAGACAAAAAGAAGAAGGGUUCGUCAGCCUGAAAACUGUGUUCUUGAUUGUGUACAACCUGGUCCAGUUUCUUGGUUUUUCAUGGAUCUUUGUCAACAUGACAGUGCGUCUGUUUAUCAUUGGCAGAGAUUCCCUCUAUGACACAUUUCACACAAUUUCGGAUAUGAUGUUCUUCUGCCAGAUCCUGGCAUCAGUGGAAGUCCUGAAUGCUGCUUUUGGUGUAGUCAAGACAGGUGUUAUACCAACUCUUAUACAGGUGGUCGGAAGGAAUUUUAUCCUCUUCAUCAUUUUUGGUAGUCUGGAGGAAAUGCACCACAAGCCAGUUGUGUUCUUUGUUUUCUAUCUGUGGAGUGCUAUUGAAAUUUUUAGGUAUCCCUUUUACAUGCUGGGCUGUUUCAAUACAGAGUGGAAAACCCUCACUUGGCUGCGGUAUACUGUCUGGAUGCCACUGUAUCCACUAGGUGUUUUAGCAGAAGCUGUUGCAGUGAUCCAGUCCAUCCCCAUCUUUGAUGAAUCUAAACUCUUCAGCAUUCCUCUGACUAAAGUGAUUGGGACCUCUGUCAGCUUCUCUUACUUCCUGUACAUUUAUCUUGUUCUCAUGUUUUUGGGACUUUUUAUCAACUUUCACCACCUUUACAAGCAGAGGAAGAGGCGCUUCCGGACCAAAAAGAGGAAAGCAAAUUGAGACUCAACACCAACAGCAAACCUUGAACGCCUUUGCUGCCUGCUUAUUCCUUGACAUUUUAAUGAUCAUCAUCCAUAUGUCAAGUUUAUUAUCAACUCAAUUUUUGACAGCCUGUCCAUAUUCACUAAAAUGACUUCCUUUAUGGCUAUUAUUAACACAAUAGAUGAUGGAGUAUUUCUUUCCUCAUUGCAUGAACGAGCAAACUUACUGGUGACCAAGUUUGCACACAUACAUUUCCAUAGCACCUGUGUGAUAGUGGCCCCCCCCUUUAGUCUUGUUUUUCUCCUAUGCAGUGCUAUUUUUGACUGAAUGCAUUGCAAGAAGCACUGAUAAGAAAACUCUGUUAUCAUUUCAUAUUCAGUCACUGCCAUAUGUAUGAAGAAAACAAGUCAUUUCACAUGACAAGUUCUUGGUUAUAAUUUCACAAUUCCAAACCAUUCCACAAAGCUCAGGGAAAAAUAACCAGACUGCUAAAACAGAAAAAUAAUGUGUCCGUUGUGCUCAACAACAACCUUCAAGGAGCAAUGUUAAAUUGUAAGGGUUUUUUUUUUCAGGCUGCUUUUUUAUUAUUUGCACUUGAAUUAUGAAUGCCAACAUUAAUAGCCGUUUACUUGGUGUUCUGUAAAUGUGGCAGUUAUUUGACAAUGAAUAAAAAUCAAAAUUUAA